GGGGGCACAGCCCAGGCUGGAGGGCGGACGCGCCGAGUCACGCCGGCCCGGGCGGGGCCUCGGGCCGGGCGGCGACAACGGGAGCUGCUGGCGGGAGCAGGAGCUGCAAGAGGCUUCCGGCAGGAAGAUUCAGUCAAGAUCCUCUGUGCUCAUUCUCUUGGCUUGAUGAUCAGUAAAAUCAGAUGGUGGAUUUGCAGUUCCUCAAAAAGUGAAGUCUAGAGUUACCAUGGGACCCAGCAAUUCCACUCACAGUAGUGCCCGGUCCGAGAUGGGGUCCCAGGUCUCGAUGGACGCGGGAGCCGUGCAUGUUGUGAUUGUGGGCGGGGGCUUUGGUGGCAUCGCUGCCGCCAGCCAGCUGCAGGCGCUGAACAUCCCGUUUGUGCUGGUGGACAUGAAGGACUCCUUCCACCACAACGUGGCAGCCCUCCGGGCCUCCGUGGAGAGUGGGUUUGCCAAAAAGACAUUCAUUUCCUACUCGGUGACCUUCAAGGAAAACUUCAGACAGGGCCUGGUGGUCGAGAUAGACCUGAAGAAUCAGACGGUGCUGCUGGAGGAUGGCCAGGCCCUACCCUUUUCACAUCUCAUCCUGGCCACGGGCAGCACUGGGCUCUUCCCGGGCAAGUUUAACCAGGUUUCCAGCCAACAGAUGGCCAUCCAGGCCUAUGAGGACAUGGUGACGCAGGUCCAGCGCUCACAGUCCAUUGUGGUGGUGGGAGGAGGCUCUGCAGGAGUGGAGAUGGCAGCAGAGAUUAAAACGGAAUAUCCUGAGAAAGAGGUCAUUCUCAUUCACUCCAAGAUGGCCCUCGCAGACACAGAGCUCCUGCCCUGUGUCCGGCAGGAAGUGAAGGAGAUCCUGCUCCGGAAAGGCGUGCAGCUGCUGCUGAGUGAGCGGGUGAGCAACCUGGAGGCGCUGCCUGUCAACGAGCAUGGCGAGUGCAUCAAGGUGCAGACGGACAAAGGCACGGAGGUGGACGCCAACCUGGUGAUUGUCUGCAACGGUAUCAAGAUCAACAGUGCAGCCUACCGCAGUGCAUUUGGUGAUCGGCUAGCCAGCAAUGGCGCUCUGAGAGUAAACGAGUACCUCCAGGUGGAAGGUUACAGCCACAUCUAUGCCAUCGGAGACUGUGCCGACGUGAGGGAGCCCAAGAUGGCCUAUCAUGCCAACCUCCAUGCCAACGUCGCCGUGGCCAACAUUGUCAACUCCAUGAAGCAGAGGCCCCUCAAAACCUACAAGCCAGGUUCACUGACGUUCCUCCUGGCCAUGGGGAGAAAUGACGGUGUGGGCCAGAUCAGCGGCUUCUACGUGGGGCGGCUUAUGGUUCGGCUGGCCAAGAGCCGGGACCUGUUGGUCUCCACGAGCUGGAAAACCAUGAAACAGUCUCCACCCUGAUGGGGGAUCCGGGAGACAGGAUGGCCACCCCAUGGAGGCUUCACCCAGGCCUCCAUUCCUGCGGACCACAACCACCCAGGCUCCCUUCCUGCAAGCGGGACCUGCUGCCUGAGAAACACAAGCCAUUGCGUGCAGUCUGUCCCGGGGCCUGGCAUGG